AAAUAAGAUUUCCCCUCCCCCCAAUUGAUGAUAAUGAAAAUACAGAAGAAAGAGAAACAGCAGUUUUCAAAUUUAAAAGUUCUGAGUCGCUCCCCAAUGUCUGAUGCCUCUGUCACUUGUGAGUACAAGUCUCAGUCUUCAUUUGUUAGCAGCCCUGAUCAGGAAGAGAAAAUUACAGAUUUGGCCAGUCACUGUAUCCUUGAGAAGGACCUCUAUCCAGCUGAAGACACUGAUCACCUUUUCCCUAGGAAAAUGACGUCCCAUAAUGGGAUGGAGGACAGUGGAGGUGGAGGCACGGGGGUGAAGAAGAAACGGAAGAAAAAGGAUCCUUGUGAGCAAGAGUCUAUGGAGAAAGGAGUCAAGGAUAAAGAACCCAAACCAAAGAGGAAGAGAGAACCUAAAGAACCAAAAGAACCUAAAAAGGCCAAAGAGCCGAAAAAGCAGAAGGAGCCGAAACAAAAGGAGGCCGUUAGGAAGUCUAGGAAACCAAGGGAGCCCAAACUAUCCAAGGAUGCUAAAGACAAAAGGGGCGGCGCAGAUUCUACACCCAAGAUGAAAGCCAGGAAGGCCAGCAAGGAGCAAGGACCAACUCCAGUAGAGAAGAGGAAGAAAGGGAAAAGGAAAAAUGAUAUAUCAGUGGAAAGCCUAGAGCUGGAUCAGGGCCUGUUGAGUUCAUCUCAUCGGAACACAGAGGAAUCCACUGAGUCGGCUGACAGCCAGAAACGGCGCUCAGGACGGCAAGUGAAGAGAAGAAAGUACAACGAGGACCUGGACUUCAAAGUGGUGGAUGAUGAUGGGGAAACUAUUGCAGUUCUGGGGGCUGGCCGCACUUCAGCCCUCUCUGCUUCCACGCUGGCCUGGCAAGCAGAGGAGCCUCCAGAAGAUGAUGCUAAUAUCAUUGAGAAGAUUCUGGCAUCCAAGAUGGUACAGAAGGAGGUUCACCCUGGGGAGCUUCCUUUUGACAUGGAGCUAUUCUACGUCAAGUACAGAAACUUUUCCUACUUGCACUGUAAAUGGGCAACGAUGGAAGAGCUGGAAAAAGACCCUCGAAUCUCUCAGAAGAUAAAGCGCUUCAGAAAUAAGCAAGCACAAAUGAAGCACAUUUUUACUGAGCCUGACGAAGAUUUGUUCAAUCCAGACUAUGUCGAAGUUGAUCGUAUCUUAGAAGUGGCCCACACCAAGGACUCUGAUACAGGGGAAGAGGUGACUCAUUAUUUAGUGAAGUGGUGUUCCCUGCCGUAUGAAGAAAGCACCUGGGAAUUGGAAGAAGAUGUUGAUCCAGCUAAAGUGAAAGAAUUUGAGUCUCUUCAAAUUCUUCCUGAAAUUAAACAUGUGGAGCGUCCAGCUUCAGAUUCGUGGCAGAAGCUUGAGAAGUCUCGGGAGUACAAGAACAAUAAUCAGCUUCGAGAGUACCAGCUCGAGGGGAUGAACUGGCUCCUUUUUAACUGGUAUAACAGAAAAAACUGUAUUUUGGCUGAUGAGAUGGGCCUAGGGAAAACCAUUCAGUCCAUCACAUUUCUCUCAGAAAUAUUCCUGAUGGGAAUACAUGGUCCUUUCCUCAUCAUUGCUCCACUAUCUACCAUUACUAACUGGGAGCGAGAAUUCCGGACAUGGACAGAGAUGAAUGCCAUUGUGUAUCAUGGCAGCCAGAUUAGCAGGCAGAUGAUCCAGCAAUACGAGAUGCUCUACAGGGAUGCCCAGGGCAACCCCCUCUCUGGAAUCUUCAAAUUCCAUGUUGUUAUCACAACAUUUGAGAUGAUUUUGGCUGACUGCCCAGAGCUGAAGAAGAUUCAUUGGAGCUGUGUGAUAAUUGAUGAGGCGCACAGGCUAAAGAACAGGAACUGCAAACUUCUGGAGGGAUUGAAGCUCAUGGCUUUGGAACAUAAAGUGCUGCUGACUGGGACGCCCUUGCAGAACUCUGUGGAAGAACUUUUCAGCUUACUGAAUUUCCUGGAACCAUCACAGUUUCCUUCAGAGACUGCUUUUCUAGAGGAGUUUGGAGAUCUGAAGACAGAGGAACAGGUGAAGAAGUUGCAGUCCAUAUUGAAGCCCAUGAUGCUGCGGCGGCUGAAAGAUGAUGUGGAAAAGAACCUAGCUCCCAAACAAGAGACAAUCAUUGAAGUAGAGUUGACCAAUAUCCAGAAAAAGUAUUAUCGAGCUAUUUUAGAGAAGAACUUUUCCUUCCUGACCAAGGGGGCAAAUCAGCAUAACAUGCCCAAUCUCAUCAACACCAUGAUGGAGCUGAGAAAGUGCUGCAAUCACCCCUAUUUGAUCAAUGGGGCAGAGGAGAAAAUUCUGGAGGACUUCCGUAAAACACAUAGUCCUGAUUCUUUGGACUUUCAGCUGCAGGCCAUGAUUCAGGCAGCAGGCAAACUGGUGCUAAUUGAUAAACUGCUCCCCAAGCUCAUUGCCGGGGGACAUAAAGUGCUCAUCUUCUCCCAGAUGGUGCGUUGCCUUGACAUACUAGAGGAUUAUCUCAUCCAGAGACGGUACACAUAUGAACGAAUUGAUGGCCGAGUACGAGGAAACCUGCGCCAAGCUGCUAUCGAUCGUUUCUGUAAGCCAGACUCAGAUCGCUUUGUCUUUCUCCUGUGCACCCGAGCAGGAGGCCUUGGUAUCAAUCUCACUGCUGCUGACACCUGCAUCAUUUUUGAUUCAGAUUGGAACCCACAAAAUGAUUUGCAGGCUCAAGCUCGCUGUCACCGAAUAGGUCAAAGCAAGGCUGUGAAGGUCUACCGUCUCAUCACUCGAAAUUCCUAUGAACGAGAAAUGUUUGACAAAGCCAGUCUGAAGUUGGGGCUGGACAAAGCUAUCCUGCAGGACAUUAAUCGAAAGGGAAGCACAAAUGGGGUACAGCAGCUCACAAAGAUGGAGGUGGAGGACUUGCUUCGGAAAGGAGCUUAUGGAGCCUUAAUGGAUGAAGAAGAUGAAGGUUCCAAAUUUUGUGAAGAAGAUAUAGAUCAGAUCCUACAAAGAAGAACCCACACCAUCACCAUCCAGUCUGAAGGAAAGGGAUCUACCUUUGCCAAGGCUAGCUUUGUGGCUUCAGGGAAUAGGACUGACAUUUCCUUAGAUGAUCCCAACUUUUGGCAGAAAUGGGCUAAAAUAGCUGAAUUGGACACCGAUGCAAAGAAUGAGAAGGAAAGCUUAGUGAUCGACCGGCCCCGUGUGAGAAAGCAGACCAAACACUACAACUCCUUUGAGGAGGACGAGCUGAUGGAAUUUUCUGAGUUAGACAGUGACUCUGAUGAAAGGCCCACCCGAUCGAGGCGGCUAAACGAGAAAACCCGGCGCUACCUCCGGGCAGAAUGCUUCCGGGUAGAGAAGAACCUGCUCAUCUUCGGGUGGGGACGAUGGAAGGAUAUCCUGACUCAUGGGAGAUUCAAGUGGCAUCUUAAUGAAAAGGACAUGGAGAUGAUCUGCCGGGCUCUCCUGGUAUACUGUGUCAAACACUACAAGGGAGAUGAGAAGAUUAAGAGUUUCAUAUGGGAUCUGAUCACACCCACAAAAGAUGGACAGAACCAGGCUCUCCAGAACCAUUCCGGGUUAUCUGCCCCAGUACCCAGAGGGAGAAAGGGAAAGAAAACAAAGAAUCAGAUGCUACUUCCAGAGUUAAAGAAUGCAGACUGGUUGGCCACCUGCAACCCUGAAGUUGUCUUGCAUGAUGACAGCUACAAGAAACACCUUAAACAACAUUGCAAUAAGGUGCUGCUUCGAGUCCGGAUGCUAUACUACCUGAAAUCUGAAGUACUGGGAGAAGCAGCAGAUAAAGCAUUUGAAGGAACCCCUGCCAGAGAGCUGGAUGUUUUGCUGCCUGAUAUUGACUACGUGGAGAUCCCAGUGGAUUGGUGGGAUUCGGAAGCCGAUAAGUCUCUUCUUAUUGGAGUGGUCAAACAUGGUUAUGAAAGGUACAAUGCUAUGCGAGCAGACCCAGCUCUUUGCUUCCUGGAAAAAGUUGGAAUGCCAGAUGAAAAGUCCCUUUCUGCAGAACAAGGCGUCACUGAUGGUUCACAAGAUAUUUCAGAGAGAAGCAAUCUGGAUAAAGAAGAUAAUACUGAAGACAAAUUAGAUAGUCUGCAGAAACAGUUGGAGGAAACCAGUUUUGGUGAAAGUGAGAAGAAAGAUGAAAACAUGGCAGCCCAGGAUGGCUCCGACCCAGACAGAUCGCCCUGGCCUGUUCCCUCCGCCCUUACAGCUCGAUUGAGACGCCUGGUUACUGUUUACCAACGUUGUAAUCGUAAGGAACCCACUCGAGCUGAAAUUUUAGGUCCAGGUAACCAGGGAUAUUGGGUCCAGGAAGACAUAUUUAGGAGAGCCACUGAAAUGGAUGCUAUCAACAAGGAUACCCAAAAAAGAUGGACAAGAAGAGAACAAGCAGAUUUCUAUAGAACAGUAUCCUCCUUUGGUGUUGUUUAUGAUCAAGAAAAGAAAUCCUUUGAUUGGACACAAUUUCGAGUCAUCUCACGCUUAGACAAGAAGACAGAUGAAAGCCUAGAAAAAUAUUUUUACAGUUUUGUGGCCAUGUGUAGAAAUGUUUGUCGCCUCCCCAUGUGGAAAGAUGAUGGCCCACCAGAUCCCACUCUGUAUGUUGAACCAAUCACAGAAGAACGUGCUGCAAGAACUUUGUACCGCAUUGAACUUCUGCGGAAGGUCCGAGAACAAGUACUGAAAUAUCCUCAGUUGCAUGAGCGCCUCCAGCUCUGUAGGCCUAGCCUCUAUCUGCCUGUCUGGUGGGAGUGUGGGAAGCAUGACCGAGACUUACUCAUCGGCACGGCUAAGCAUGGGCUCAGUCGUACUGACUACUACAUCAUGAAUGAUCCACAGUUAUCCUUUCUGGAUGCCUAUAGAAACUAUGCUCAGCACAGAAGAACUGAAGUGCAAGGUCCAGAAAAUUCGUGUUGCCUUUACCAGACUAACUCUAGACUUUUUGAAUCCCUUACAUAUACUCAAAUGGGAAGGACUUGUGAGUCCAUAGAUACUGAAUCUGAGAAUCAAAUAAAAAUGGAAAGAAUAAGUGAUAAUCUCAGCCACACUGAAAGGAACCUACCUGAUGUAACAUGUGAAAAUUUUAUUUCUAAAGUACAGGAUAUCAUUUCUAUUAACCAUGAUGAAAGCUUAUUACCUGAUUCUUUGGAGUGUAUGAUGUUUGGUGAGAAGAUUUUCAACAGUGAGCCAAGUUCUUUCAUUCAAGAGAACCCCAGCAGCACUGAAUCCAAGAAGGAUGUUUCUGUAGCCUUAGCAAGCAAAAACAAAGAGAAUCAACCAGGUGGCCUUGAAGUGGAGUUGCCUACAAACCGCUAUUCCCUGAGUAAUUUAGAAGCAAAAAUAGAACAAAUGAGCAAUAAAAAUGAAAAGCAUUUGUCUCUCCUGGCUAUAAAGGAUAUGGACUCUAACAAGUACCUACCUGCUCCGAGACAUGAAACUGUAAGACAUCCCGAAGCCAAAUGUAGUAUUCCCCCGCCCUUAGAGCAAGGGAAUGUAAGUAGAUUAAUGGAGAUGUGUAGCCUUAGUGUUUGUAAUUCUGAAAGAAAACUUUCUUCAGAGCAGCGGUUAAUUGAUUUGUUAGGAAAUAAAAGUCUAGAAGGUAAAUUAAUGUUGAGUCAGAAUCAUAGUGAUGAAGAAGAGGAGGAAGAGGAAGAGGAGGAGGAGGAGAACUUAGAAGUAGGAGCACAGAUAAGGGAAAGGCCAGAGGGUAUAGGUCAAACUGAUCUCAGCAUUAACAUACCAGUAGAAAUGGACAGAGGCUUCACUGUAGGUAAAACCAAGGAAGGGGGCCCAGAAGCACAAAACCGUGAUCCUACAGAGCUAAGAUGUGUGGAUCAAACAUUAUGUGAAUGUCACUGCAAACCUAUAGACAGGUGGAACAAUCAGGGUAACAAUGUGGAAUUUGAGAUGGAAAAGACCAAGUUCCUUGACCCAGACUUGUACAAAGGCAAAACUAUUAACACUAUUGCUGUAGAAGGUGGAAACAAAACUCUUUUAUCAGAGCCCUUGAAAGUGGACCAUGAGUUUUUAAAAGAAGAUUCCUGGGAAGAUAAGGUAGAAAGGCGAAGAGGUUAUACCACAUGUCCUCUUGACAGGAGCGAUCUAAAACAAGAAGACGUGGACUUUGAGAAUAAGGAAGAUGAUGAUGAUAAAGAUGGAAACUUACAGGGUCAAGAUUAUCCAGGAAAAUACUCUGAAGAAGAAAGUAAGAGCUCUACAUCUGGAAUAGCAGGAGACAUUGGGGAUGAACUCCAAGAAGUCCGAGCACCAACCAUUGCCCAACUUCUACAAGAAAAAACUCUUUAUUCCUUCUCCGAAUGGCCAAAGGACCGAGUGAUAAUUAACCGCAUAGAUAACAUCUGCCAUGCAGUCUUAAAGGGCAAGUGGCCUUCUAGCCAACAGUCUGAAAUGCCAAGCACACUGCCUGCUCCAGUGUUCAUCAGCAGUCCUAGCUCACGAAACAGCCUUGCAGAGCAAGAAACUACAGGCCCCACCUUCAGCAAUGGAGCUGCGUUAGUCACACAGACCCCAAAGGAAAGUUUCCUGGCUCCAGUAUUUACCAAGGAUGAACGAAAGCACAGACGACCCUAUGAGUAUGACGUGGAAAGAGAUUUGAAGUCACGGAGCCUAGAGCAAUUCUCUGCUGCCCAUGGUCACCCACCUAUUGUGCUCAAUGGCUGGCGUGGAGAGUCAGCCAUAGACCUCUCUUGCACACCUGAUGGGUCUUCAGCAACCACUUCCCCUUUCCCUUUGAGCACCAGCACACCCAAGAUUGGGACAGUCAGCACCCUCCAGGGAUCCCUUGGCAUGGAUUUGUCUGGAAUUUUGCAAGCUGGGUUAAUUCACCCUGUUACAGGACAGAUUGUCAAUGGAACCUUAAGAAGAGAUGAUGCUGCCAUGAGGAGACGAAGAGGGAGAAGAAAAAAUGUAGAAGGAGGAAUGGAUCUCAUCUUUUUGAAGGAUAGAACACUUCAGACAGGAAUUUUGGAGGUCCAUGCAGAGCAGGAGCAGCCCUCACCAAGCAGGACCCUCCCUGAUGGGCCAAUCUUGGCUACCUCCUCUCCUCACACAGUCACAACAACCAGUGUCCCAGCCGAGAAGACAAUUCCCAACAAGAGUUUGUUGGACUGGUUAAGGCAACAAUCUGAUUAUACAAUAGAAGUUCCUACCUUUGGGACAAAUUUUUCAGACAAACCGAAGCAGAGAAGACAGCGUUGUAAAGAACCAGGAAAAUUGGACAUGGGCUCCCUAAGUGGAGAAGAAAGAGUCCCUGCUGUCCAUAAGGAGACAGGACGGCAGGGGUUUCUACCAGAAAACAAAUUCAGUCAGAUCCUAACUGAGCCAGUUCUCCGAGAUGUUGGUCCUCGAAGGAGAGGAAGGCGCCCACGAAGUGACCUCAUUAAGGCUCCUGGCAUUGUGGGAGACUCUCCCUCAGGAAUGGGACCACUGUUCAUGAAUGGACUCAUUGCUGGAAUGGAUCUAGUAGGACUUCAGAAUAUGAGGAAUAUGCAGGGCAUCCCUCUCACAGGGCUGGUGGGGUUUCCUGCUGGCUUUGCAGCAGUGCCUGCUGGAGAGGAUGUCAAAAGCACCCUCAGUAUGCUGCCUAUGAUGCUGCCAGGCAUGGCAGCUGUACCCCAGAUGUUUGGUGUUGGAGGACUUCUGAAUACACCCAUGACAACUACUUGUACUUCAACGGUUCCAACGUCUUUAACAAGCACAACUAAAAGUGGUACGUCAAACACAGAAAAGGCUACCGAUGACAAACAGAAUAGCCAUGAUGUAAAAAAAGAUACUUUAGCUGAAGACAAGCCUAUUCCUAGUUCCUUUUCAGAUCAGUCUGAACCUGCAAUAACUACCAGUAGUCCUGUAGCUUUUAACCCUUUUCUCCUACCAGGAAUGUCUCCUGGACUGAUCUACCCAUCAAUGUUUCUCUCUCCCGGCAUUGGCAUGACAUUGCCAGGCAUGCAGCAGACCAGACACUCUGAGAACACAAGCCUAGAAAGCCAGAAGAGGAAGAGAAAGAAAGCAAAAGGGGAUACCCUGAAUCCAGACCCAGAAACUGUCCCCAUAUCAGAAAAACAAUCUGGACAUGGUCAGAACUGUUCAGAGCACACCCCACUUUUGCCCACAGAUAAAGAACAUGGUGUACAAGCUGAGCAAAGCGAUUUAAAAGGAACUCAUAGUGACACCAAUUAGAACUUUAUUUCAUUAAGAAAAUUAUUGUGGCUUGUAAGUUUCUUAUCCCAUAAAGAUUUGUUAUUUGCCUCACUUCACCUUCAUAAAAACCUGUGUUUCCAUGAGUAAUAUUACCUACCUAAUUCCCUGUCCAGGAACUAUGGUAACAAAUAUUAAUAGUUUCAGGGUCUCGCCACUUUAUUAGAUAAAAGUGUUGUCUAGCUAGUCUGGGAGGCACAGAAUCGUCAUUCUGUAAUCCAGUUGUUCAUUCCAGCAAACAAUAGUCAAUUCAGUACUUGGUGACAUGUCCUACCCCAUUCCCUUCCAAAUAUUUUACUUAUUUGGUAGGGAGAAAAAGGCAAAAGAAAGCAUCUGUCUAGUGAUCCGCUAUUAAAAUACAGAACAGAGACAAGGGUAAUAAUGCCUUUUUCUGCGAAUUAUACUAAAUGGAAAACAAACAAACAAACCGGUAUUGGGGGACCAGAAGCACAUCUAUAAUACGUGCUAAUGUGUAUUUUUGAUUUACAAUGUUUCCCUAUGUUAUCAUGAUUACUAGAUGAGUAGUAUAGACAGGUAUAUAACUAAUGAUUGAAAACAUAUAUUCAUUUCUUUUAAAAAACAAAAAAACAACAAAAAUAUAACUGGUAGCAAUAUAAUUUCCCCCUUUCCUGGCUUUUCAGACAUCUGAAUCAAGUGGAGAUGUUGUUUUAUACUUUAUUAAAUGACAAUUUUGAUUUAUUUUUAGUGCCCCCUAUUCUCCACAGUUUAAAAAAAAUUGUUCUCAGUUUGACUGAGGAAGCUUUACACAUGGUAGGCUAUGAGCAGAGGGGCAGUGGGGAGGAACAGUCACUACUUAAAUCCUAUUACUUUAGAAUUAUACUGGCAUUUUAUUCUUAUCUAUGGCAUUAAUACUCUUUACAGAGGGUUGGGGGUUUUUUGUUUUUAGUUUUUUUUUUCCUGGCAACGAAUUCACCCCCUCUGAAUCCAAGGAAUAUGGAAGCAUGAUAGAUUUUAUUUUGCAUUGUUCCUUACCCAGAACAUCUCUGCUGAAACCUACAAGAAAUAGUCCAAUAGGACGGCAGCUUUUACGUUUUGGAAGGUCCUUUGUCAAGGCCAUUGAAGUUUUUCAAAAUUUGAGUGUGUCUCCUCUGUCACCAGCACCACCACCAACACCCUGCCUUUUAUAAUGUUAGACUGUGAAUUUUUUUUUCUCCCCCACUUCUUUAUAGCCUCUCUGUUUGUUUGUAUUGAACAGUUGGAUCCAAACACCAAAUUAUUGAGACGGUUGAGAAUAUGUUACAAAUUAACAUUAUUUUUGAUUCUUUCUUAGACUCUAUCUUCAAAAGCUUGGCCUGAGAAGAAACCUGCUUAGGCAGUUCUCAUCACCAUCCUUCUCCACCUGCUGGUUAACAUUUUUCAGUCCCCUUAGUCUUAGCUUUUCUGUUAGAGCUCAUGACCUGAGACUUGAAAUAAACUCACGGUGGUGGAAUGCAUUGGGGGCAGUGGGCAGUGCAGCAGGACAGUUGGAAAUGUUGGAAGUAUUGCUAGUGUCCAUUGUUGUCACAAUUUACUGUAUUUUUUACAUUUUUCUGUUACAGUUUUGCUAAUUUAUCAGAAGGUCCAAACGUUUGACAUAACUAUUUCAGUUUGCAUUAUUUAUUUAUGAUGCUUGUCAUUGUCUUUUAUACAUUUCGGAUUAUAAAUUAUGUACGUGUUAAAAUUACCAUCUCAAAGAAGUCUGUUAUACCAUUACUGAAAAUCGACCAAGUGUAUUUUCAGAAACUAGAUUCCCAGUUUCAUGGAUCAGAGGAGUAAACAAGAAAUUAUGUAACUGAUCAUAUAGCAAAGAAGCCAAUAAUUAAACAUGUUGUAUUUAAUAACA